CCACUGGAUCUGAGGAUAAGAGUUCCUCCUCUCCUCCUCGCAUCAUUCCCCGUGGAAACACUCACAAAGGUUCGUUUCCGCGGGACACCACAGCAUGGUUUGCAAAGCGGAGCAGUAGAUCUCCUGUGGCAUCACGUAUUCUCCCUCUCUCGCUCUCUCUCUUUCUCUGUCUCUCACUCUCUCUCUCUGUCCUCACGCAAAUAUAACCAUAUUUUCCACGCUGACGGGGAGCCGGGCCAGUAUCACACGGGGGAGAGAGACUUGUCGCCAUGGGGAAACAGAACAGCAAGCUCAGGCCUGAGGCGCUCCAGGACCUGCGGAACAACACCGAAUUCUCCGACCACGAGCUGCAGGAGUGGUACAAGGGCUUCCUGAAGGACUGUCCCAGCGGGAACCUCAACGUGGAGGAGUUCAAGAAGAUCUACGCCAACUUCUUUCCGUACGGCGACGCCUCCAAGUUCGCCGAGCACGUCUUCCGCACCUUCGACACCAACGGCGAUGGCACCAUCGACUUCCGGGAGUUCAUCAUCGCACUGAGCGUCACGUCACGCGGCAAGCUGGAGGAGAAGCUCAAGUGGGCCUUCAGCAUGUACGACCUGGACGGCAACGGCUACAUCAGCCGCGAUGAGAUGCUGGAGAUCGUGGAGGCGAUCUAUAAGAUGGUCUCCACAGUGAUGAAGAUGCCAGAUGACGAGGCUACUCCUGAGAAGAGGACAGAUAAGAUCUUCAGGCAGAUGGACCUGAACAAUGACGGCAAGCUCUCUCUGGAGGAAUUCAUCAGAGGUGCCAAAAGCGAUCCCUCCAUCGUGCGACUACUUCAGUGUGAUCCCAGCAGUGCGUCGCAGUUCUGAAGAUCCCCCUCCCCCGAAGGGAAACAAACACACACUGCAUGAAAGUUCCUGUCUUUUUGUGUAUCGGAGGGAAGGGGAAUCCUUAUCAUUUAAUUUGUAAAAAGCAUAAUCAUUUAAAGAAAGGAAAGGAGGUAGUGGUAAAGGGGGUGGGGGGGAGGGGUGGGUGGGAGCUUGAACUGCCGGUAGUCCAUCAUGCAUCACUCCCCGGUGAUGUCAUGGAAGGCACUGGAGCGGCCUGCCGUUGUGUUCUGAGCUCCCAGCUCAAACAGGGCGCGGCAGGCGGUGCUUGGCGUUCCGCGUGUUUCCGAUCGUUUUCUUCCCGAGAGCACAGAUUUACUUCCACGUUUUAUACUCGUUUCUAAGGGUCUGUCCAUCUGUCUGUCUGUCUGUCAGUCUGUCUGUAUGUCCUGAGUGUGGGUGUGCAUGAGGAUGCAAGUGUAUGUGCAUUUAACAGGCUGCGUGACUGAGCUUUGUAUUAAUGUGCUGCUCAGCUCCCUGAGCCAGUAGACCCAGGUAACAUGAGGGCCUGUGAUUGACUGGAAUUUCUGGGAAUGUUCCCUGAUUGGAGCUUACAGCCUACGGGGCGGGACACUUAAUAUCCAAUCAGACUUUUGGCUGUUUUUAAGGGGUGUAUUUUGUGUGUGGGGGUGGGGGGGUCUUUUGAAAUGACAUGUUUCCAAGGCCUGAAUCGCCCUCAGGGCAGAAUGUUGUGAGUUCCAGGUCUUUGCACUGCAUUAUGGGAAAUGUUUCUCUAAGCAGGGACAUUUAAAACAUUUUUUUACACUGAAAAAGAAAAAAUGACAGAUGGAGCAGGUACAAUACUGGAGGGUGUGUGCACGUGUGUGUGUGUGUGUGUUGAUCAGAUUGAGUGAGACAAGCCUGUCUAGGACAUAACAGUGUGUGUUAAGGUUAAUGGUACCACAUAGUGUGAUCUUUCUUUGCAAUUUCUGAUGACAGCAUAUGGAUCCAAGCAUUCAUUUUAAGAUAAAUACUAAAGCAGCAAUGUCCCCACGUGGUCACUAGCACAUGACAUAGCAUGUUUAAGAGGUAGCGUGUGCUUUGCUUCUUUAAUGGCAUUAGGAGUAAAACUACAGUGUGCAAAAUUCAGAUUAUACUGAAGUAUUAUUUAUGCAACUCUGCCAUUCUCUCCAUGCGCUGAGGCAGUUGUGCUGUUUCUAGAACAGAGAAGGGAGAAAAGGGAGAAAGCUGCUUUGAUUUCUGUCCUCAAACUGAACAGGUGCGUCCAAAAACAGCCUGCUUCAGCUUAUAAGAUAGCAGUGUGUGUGUGUGUGUGCAUGUGUGAGUGUGUGAGUGUGUGCGUGCGUGUGUGUGUGUGUGAGUGUGUGAGAGAGUGUGUGUGUGCGUGUGAGAGUGUGUCUGAAAUACUGUGUGUGUGUGAGUGAGUGUGCGUGUGUAUGUAUGUGAGAGAAUGUGACUGUGCUUGUGUGAGCAUGUGUGUGAGAGUAUGCAUAUGUGUUGUAUGUGCAUGUGUGUAUUUUUUUGGUGCAUGAUAAACUAGGACGUCAUGUAUGGUGUGUCCACUUUUGUCAGACUCAAUCAGGAAUAUACUCGAUUGUUUGAAAACCGGCUGAUUUGUUUUUAUUUAAUUUUUCCCCAUAUCUGUGUGAAGAGAAAUGUUGGCCGUUCACAAAAAGAACAGAAGGAUGAAGGAGAGUCAUUAGUGCUUUACAUUAUAUGCAGCUUCAUAAUGCAGAUACGAAGCUUAAUAAGUCCUGCACUGGUGUCAUAAGGCUACAUAAAGCACUAAUCAUGUUCAUUUCAGUGAGUGCAUGUCCUAAAUUGAUUUGUGAAUAUGUGAAGGUUUUAAAAUUUCAGCUGUAAAGCAUGAAAAAAAAAUUCAGAAAGAAACCUUUAUGUGGCUGUUGUGGUUUUCUGCUGUAGCAUUUAGGUGUGAUUGAUGUGCUCGUACAUUAAUGCUUGGCGAAUUCAGCGUACAGCUAAUAAUAGACCAUUCUGGAGCUUCUCUAGCGUGGACAUCUCACACAGCAACAAAUAAGUGCGUUUUCAUUGGUUUAAACGAGUCAUUGGCACAUAGACAUCACCUGAACCAUAGCAUGGUGUCAACCAAUAAGAUCUAUGGCCUUACUCAGCCCUCAGAGUCCAACUCCUCACACUGAAGGAACAGAGAUGUGCUCAGAUGCGAUAUGAAACACCCAUCACAUUCGCAUAUUCAGUAUUAAUGGGAGAGAUUUAUUUAGAAAAUAUAAAUAUGGUAGCAUACUGUGUAAAACGUCCCUAAUACAGCGUUUCUGCGGAUAAGUAAAACCACAGGCUUUCCUGGCAGUGGGAGAGGAAAAAAAAAAA